AUGCCCACAGUCAAGGCUGUUAAGGAUCCGAAGAAUCCAUCGUUAAAAUACUUAACUGUGAAGUUGAAGGAAAUUCAGUUGUCUUUUGCUGAUGUUUGGGAGUUUGUGGAAACUUUCCAGGAAGAUGCAACUUAUGCACAGGUUUCGGUGAGAUUGACAGCGGUGGAUGAUUUGUGGGAGAAAUUUAGUGAAGUUCUUAUUGAUAUCAAAUCACACGAAGAUUUCGUAUCUGAUGUUGAAGUUUAUGAAAGAGAACGGAAGGAGUUCAGUGAUCGCUACUAUUACGCUAAAUCAUUCUUGAUGGAUAAGGCGAAGGGCCGUUCAGAAUGUACAGAGCUUAAUCAAUCCAUUCAUGUUAAUGAUCAUAGUAAUUCUGGUGGUUUUGAUCAUGUUCGGCUUCCUCAAAUUAAGCUGCAGUCGUUUAAUGGUAACAUAGAUGAAUGGCUCGGGUUUCGUGAUCUGUUUAUUUCGCUCAUCCAUAACAAGCAGGAUUUGCCGGAGGUGGAGAAAUUCCACUAUUUGAAGGGAUGUCUUCAGGGUGAACCGAAAUCAUUAAUUGAUCCUCUUCAAAUAACAAGGGCUAAUUACAUCGUUGCAUGGGAUAUGCUGUUAAAGCGUUACAAUAACAGCAAGCAAUUAAAAAAGCGACAAGUUCAAUCGCUGUUUAAGUUACCUUCGUUGACAAAGGAGUCGGUAUGUGAAUUGCUUCAGUUAUUGGAAGGGUUUGAGCGAAUCGUUAACACGUUAGAUCAGGUGUUAGAACCUACUGAUUACAAGGAUCUGUUGCUUGUGAAUUAUCUUGUUUCUCUUUUGGAUCCGAUCACGCGAAGAAGUUGGGAGGAGGAAUCAGCUUCAAAGGAACAAGAUGUAUUGGCUGAUUUGACUGGUUUUCUUCAUCGAACUUCCCAUAUGGCUCGGGAAUGUCAGUCUAAGUUUUCGUGUCGAAAUUGCGGAGGACGCCAUCACACACUGGUGUGUUUUAAGGGCAAGGCAGGAGAAAAUCCGGAAUCGUCGAGGUCAGGCGAAACCAAUGGCACUUCUAAGAGUGAUCAAUUGCGAGGAGAGUCAUCAUUUCGGGUUUCUAACCCAGCUUCAUCAACAUGCUUAUCAUCGGGUGUUGAACACAUGGCUAACGGUCGGGUUCUCUUAGCAACUGCGGUGGUCCUCUUGGAAGAUGAAUUGGAGUAUCCAGCUCGAGCGCUGCUUGAUUCGGGGUCAGAAAGCAAUUUCAUAUCGGAACGAUUGAGUCAGCGUUUGACGAUGAGUCGGAAAAGGGUAGAUGUUGCGAUACUUGGAAUUGGUCAGACAUCUACAAGAGUUAAGCAAAAGGUUCAAGCGGUGGUGCGCUCGAGAGUGAACAGCUACUGUAAAGAAAUGGAAUUCCUAGUCCUACCCAGAGUAACUGUUGAUCUUCCCACUGCUACGGUAUCAACGGAUGAAUGGUCAUUCCCAGAUGGAAUUGAAUUGGCGGAUCCAGCAUUUUUCGAGUCGAAGGUGGUGGAUUUAGUGUUGGGAAUUGAAUCGUUUUUCGACUUCUUCGAAACGGGAAAGCGGAUUUCCAUCGGUGAUCAAUUACCAACACUUACGGAGUCAGUUUUUGGUUGGGUCGUUUCUGGAGGUUUAUCGCAAUGUACAUCAACACGGAUUGCUUGCAAUGUUUCAUCAACAGAGUCUCUUGAAACUCUUGUCGCUCGGUUUUGGGCUUGUGAGGAGCUGGGUUCGGAAAACCUAUACUCACGGGAGGAAAGGCAUUGCGAGGAAAUUUUCCAGAAAACGGUACAGAGAGACAGUAAUGGAAGGUACACGGUCUCUCUUCCUAGGAAUGAGGAGGUUUUUCCUAAAUUGGGCGACUCAAAGGAAAUAGCACUACGGCGUCUGGGUGCAACUGAGCGUCCAGUAAUCCAGGACGAUCUUCGGGCAAUUAUACUCCGCUGUCGAAUGUGUCAGAUUAUGGUCGUCGCAGAUGUUGAGAAAAUGUUUCGCCAAAUCAACAUAAUAAGAGAAGAUCGUCCACUACAGUCAAUUUUAUGGAGAAGGUCCCCAUCGGAGCCAGUCAAGACGUUUGAGCUGAAGACGGUAACAUACGGCACCAAACCUGCUCCGUUUUUGGCAACACGCACCUUGAAGCAGUUAGCAUUGGAUGAAGGGGAGAGGUUUCCCUUGGCAUCAAAGGUAUUUUCGGAAGAUACGUACAUGGACGAUGUAGUAUCAGGUGCAGAAGAUGCAAAUGCAGCCCUCGAACUGCGAGUUCAGUUGGAUAAAGCUGCAAGAGCUGGAGGGUUUCGGUUGCGAAAAUUCGCAUCAAAUUGUUUAGAGGUCCUGCAAGGACUACCACAAGAGAGUGUAGCCAUUAAAGAAGCUUCAGACGGGUCGGACAUAGAUCCCUCGAUGAAGGUCCUUGGACUCACUUGGUUGCCGAAAUCUGAUGUCUUCAUGUAUCAUUUUAACAUUCCCGAAAUUCCAAAAUCCACGGUUCUAACUAAACGGAAGGUGCUGUCGGUAAUUGCAACGCUCUUCGACCCGUUGGGACUCCUAGGUGCUGCAAUAACAACUGCAAAAAUAUUCAUGCAGCAGUUGUGGACCUUGCGGAAUAAUGAUGACCAAAGAUUGGACUGGGAUCAGCCAUUACCUCCAACGGUGGGUGAGGAUUGGCUGAAGUACUACGAACAACUAGGUACACUAAACGAAAUUCGUAUUGAACGGUGCAACAUUAUCCCAGGAGCCAUUCACAAGGAGAUUCACUGUUUUUCAGAUGCUUCGGAGAAAGCAUAUGGUGGUUGCGUUUACCUUAAAAGCAUUAACUCUGAUGGAGAGGUUAAAAUUUGUUUGUUGUCGGCAAAAUCGAGGGUAGCUCCGCUUGCAAGUCAAUCGAUUCCCCGCCUAGAGUUGUGUGGUGCUCUGCUAACGGCUGAACUAUUCAGUUUCGUAAAGGAUUCUAUGAAAUUUGAUUGCCCAGUUUACUUUUGGACAGAUUCAACAUGCGUGUGGCGAUGGUUACAGGCUGUUCCAUCUACUUGGACUACCUAUGUGGCAAAUCGAGUUGCCAAAAUACAACAACUCACGGAAGGGUUUGAAUGGAGGCAUGUCCCAGGCGUUGACAAUCCAUCAGAUCUUAUUUCUCGGGGUAUUCCACCGGCAGAGAUUGGUCAAAAUCGUCUGUGGUGGGAAGGUCCUUGUUGGUUGACGCUAGACAAGGAAAACUGGCCAGAACUACCGACUAACCACUUGGCGGAAAUUGGUGAUGAAGAAAGGCGUCGAACUACAGUCACAGCAUUAGCAACAAACAAUUCAGAGCAUGAGUCGGAUUUCAAUCGUUGGUAUUUUAGUUUGUAUUCCGAUUACACUAAAAUGGUCAGAGGUACAGCUUAUUUGUUGAGGUUGAAAAAGCUGUUAAAAUCCAAACGUCAAGUCAAAUUCCAAGCUUUUCUACAGUCAGCUGAGAUGGAAGAAGCAGAAAGAGCUUUAGUCAGAUGGUUCAAUCCCAAAAUAUUCUCCGAUGGUUUGUUGAGAAUUGGUGGUAGAUUGAGCAAUUCGUCCGAAUCAGAAACUGCAAAACACCCGAUUGUCUUGCCAGCUCGUCACAACUUUACCCGGCUAAUAUUAGAGCACUUCCAUCGUCGAUUAUUACACGCUGGUCCUCAGCUGCUUUUAGCAACGGUUAGAUUGAAAUUUUGGCCCUUGGGUGGCAGGAGCGUGGCUCGUCAGAUUGUACAGCAAUGUCACACCUGUUUCAGGGCUCGUCCCACGCCGAUUCAACAGUUUAUGUCAGAACUACCAGCUUCACGCGUGACGGUUUCGCGGGCAUUCGCUAGUACAGGAGUGGACUAUUUCGGUCCGGUAUACAUUCGCCCGGCUCCCAGACGCCCAGUGGCUAAGGCAUACGUCGCUGUUUUUGUAUGCAUGUCUACUAAAGCAGUGCAUCUCGAGCUGGUAUCAGACCUAUCUACAGAACGGUUCAUACAGGCCUUGCGUAGAUUUGUUGGAAGAAGAGGAAAGUGCUCAGAGAUAUUUUCGGACAACGGUACGAACUUUGUGGGCGCUAGGAACCAAAUGGUUGAAUUGUUUCGUCUGUUGAAGUGUCAGACCCAUCGGGAACGAAUGUUCAAGGAAUGUGGCAGCGAAGGAAUUAGGUGGCAUUUCAAUCCUCCCAGCGCUCCACAUUUUGGCGGUUUGUGGGAGGCAGCGGUGCGUUCCGCAAAAAAGCACAUUCUAAGGGUAAUCGGCGAAACCCCUGUCAGCACAGAAGAUUUCGCGACGCUUCUGGUUCAGGUCGAAGCGUGUUUAAAUUCGCGGCCCAUUACACCACUUUCGAACGAUCCAAAUGAUUUGGAACCGUUGACACCCGGUCAUUUUAUUAUUGGAGAAUCCCUACAGUCCAUGCCAGAUGAAAACUAUUUGAAAAUAUCAGAUAACCGGCUUAAUCAAGUUCAGUUGAUGCAGAAAAAUUUGCAAUUAAUAUGGAAACGGUGGCGCAGAGAAUAUCUGUGCCAACUACAAGCCAGAACAAAACGGUGGAAACCUUCAGUGUCGGUUGACCUGGGUCGUUUGGUUAUCAUUAAGGAUGAAAAUGUUUCCCCAUGUCGAUGGAAAAUGGGUAGAAUUGUAGAGCUACAUCCAGGACAAGAUGGUGUGGUUCGAGUAGUCACAUUAAAAACGGAAUCAGGGCUGAAAAAGCGCCCUGUUGAGAAAUUGUGUUUAUUACCUAUGCCAGAUUCGAAUGAAAAUUCAAAUCAGAGUUCUGAAGUUGAGGUGGAGAAUAAUUGA